GGGAUUUUAAUUCAGUGCAUGAUACUAACCUGCGAGUAACGUGUAAAUGCGUUUGUUUCAUUUUUUAUUCCUAAAAUUCGUCUUUGCUGAAAGUUUGCGAUGAUCAUAAAAGCUUCAACACCGUGUGCCCGUGUCGCAUUUACUAAAAUCAUAAGUGAAUUUUGUAUGAAUAGAUCGGAAAUAUUGUUGCUCUAUGAAUCUUGCGGUGGCUUUAAUUAAACUCUGUUGAUAAUGCAGUUACAAACUGUGAUUAUCUUUUGAUUACUGCUCAUGGUUAUAGGAUGACUACACGAUGUGUCCUUUACGACGCGAUUCUGCGUUCAAGGUUAGAUCUCACUACUGGCUUUCUUCAAAAGAUCGCAACCGCCGCGAAUAAAUACGGUCAGCAUACAGAAUAGUGUCAUGGCGCGGCAACAAUGACGGAAAGUGUGUUCCUCACCGACGAAUUCGGUACUAAAUUUAAUAUGUGGGGCCGCUUCCGUUAUAAAGGCUUACUAAUACUAUUCCUGAUUAAUGUGAUUGCGUUUCAAUGUUUUAUAUUUUCUACGCAUGCUGCCCGCGAUAUUCAAGUAAACUUCAUGUAGAACAUUACCAAGAGAGCUAUAAAUGGCGAGAGUUAAGGAAUAAGUUGGAAUCAUUAAUGAUCGAGCAACGAGACCUGUAUGGGUUGACGUAUAGCGUAAUUAAGAGGCUAGAGGGGCAUGGCGUGUUAAGCGUAAGGAAACAGGAACCUGCCGAGAAGCCUAUGAUUUAUGCCAUUACCCCUACGUUCGCCAGGCCUGUGCAAAAGGCAGAGCUGACCCGGUUGUUGCAAACGUUUCUUCAUAUACCCAACUUCCACUGGAUUGUCGUGGAAGACGCGGGGAAAAAGACCAAACUCGUUGCUCGACUUUUAGAAGAUAGUGGUUUACUUUAUACCCAUUUGGCUGCGGUAACCCCGCCGAAUUAUAAGUUAGGGCGAAAUGACCCGAAUUGGAAGAAGCCACGUGGCGUCGAACAACGAAAUGCAGCGUUACAGUGGCUUCGGGAAAAUCGCAGGCCAACCGACAAAGGCAUAGUAUUUUUUGCUGACGACGACAAUACGUAUUCGAUUAAAUUAUUUCACGAGAUGGAGAAGAUACAGAAGGUCGGUGUGUGGCCUGUUGGUCUAGUCGGUGGUUUGAUGGUGGAGAAACCAAUAUGUGAUAACGCUACUAAUAAAGUAAUCGGUUUCAAUGCUGCGUGGAAGCCAGAGCGACCAUUUCCAUUAGAUAUGGCGGGUUUUGCCAUCAACUUGCGACUUUUAUUAGAACAUAAAAAUGCCGCUUUUUCGUACGACGUUCAGGGUGGUUAUCAGGAGAGUGAGAUAUUGUCAGAAAUUGUCAGUAGAGAUGAACUAGAACCGUUAGCAGAUUGUUGCACAAAGGUGUACGUAUGGCACACACGAACAGAGCCACCACAGUUAAACGUGGAACAACUAUUGAUAAAGAAAGGUAAACGUUCAAAUGUAGGUAUUGAAGUGUGAUAAGAAAAUUAGACUGCAGUUUGCUAUAUUUUGAUAUAGUGAUACUAAGUUUAAUAGUAAAAAAUAUUCCUAUUAUGAUACUAAGUUUUUGAAUCUUGAAAGAAAAAUUAAUUUUAUAUACGCUUUUUAUCAUUCACAUUUGACCAUGAACUUUUUAAAUUGAGGGACAAUGCAGUGCCAUAUAAUGGGUAGCUGCUUAUAGCUGCAUAUUCAGUAAGGAUGUAGAAUGUACAUAUGACACUAUUGCAUUCUAUAUAUCCUACAUUCUACAUAGAAUAUGCUUAUCGAUAGUAUGCAUGAUAACAUGAUGGCCUGGGUUACAUACUAUUGUUAAGCAUCGCUUUAUUUUACAAAUCGAUCAUUUUUUAUAUUGUUGAAGAAAUGGUAUAUAGAUGAAUAAAAUUUUUCGUGUAAAAAAAUGAAA